AUGCUAAACACUGAGCGACUGAUCAAGCAUGCAGUGCAGGAGAAGUUGGCCAUCACUAUCUGUAUUAAUAAAGUGGAUCGUCUGAUCGUGGAGCUCAAGCUGCCCCCUACAGAUGCCUACUACAAACUGCGCCACAUUGUGGAUGAGGUCAACGGCUUGCUGAGCACAUACUCCACCGAUGAGUCUCUGAUUGUGUCUCCCCUGUUGGGGAACGUGUGUUUUGCUUCCUCACAAUACAGCAUCUGCUUCACUCUUGGCUCCUUUGCCAAGAUCUAUUCAGACACCUACGGUGACAUCAACUACAUGGAGUUUGCUAAAAGACUGUGGGGAGACAUUUACUUUAACCCUAAAACGAGGAAAUUCACAAAGAAAGCCCCCAACAGCAACUCUCAGCGCAGCUUUGUUGAGUUCGUACUAGAGCCGCUGUACAAGAUUCUUUCACAGGUGGUGGGGGAUGUGGAUACGUCUCUGCCUCGUGUGUUGGAUGAGCUCGGCAUUCAUCUGACUAAAGAGGAAUUAAAGCUCAACAUCAGACCUCUGCUGCGCCUUGUCUGUAACCGCUUUUUUGGAGAGUUUACAGGCUUUGUGGACAUGUGUGUGCAACACAUACCAUCUCCUCAGGGGGGUGCCAGAGCCAAGAUAGAGCACAGCUACACAGGUGGACUGGACUCAGACCUCGGAGAGACAAUGUCUGAGUGUGACCCUGAUGGUCCACUGAUGUGCCACACCACUAAGAUGUACAGCACAGAUGACGGCGUGCAGUUCCACGCGUUUGGUCGAGUCCUGAGCGGAACCCUGCAGGCGGGCCAGCCGGUGAAGGUUCUGGGAGAGAACUACAGCCUGGAAGAUGAGGAGGACUCACAGAUCUGUAAUGUCGGACGCCUGUGGAUUUCUGUUGCUAGGUAUCAGAUUGAAGUGAAUCGUGUCCCUGCUGGUAACUGGGUGUUGAUCGAAGGGUGCGACCAGCCUAUUGUUAAAACGGCCACGAUCACAGAGCCCCGUGGAAAUGAAGAGGCUCAGAUCUUCAGGCCAUUGAAGUUUAACACCGCGUCAGUGAUAAAAAUCGCUGUGGAGCCGGUCAAUCCCUCAGAACUGCCCAAGAUGUUGGAUGGACUCAGAAAAGUCAACAAAAGUUAUCCGUCACUUACAACAAAGGUGGAGGAGUCAGGAGAACAUGUGAUUCUUGGUACAGGUGAGCUGUACCUGGACUGUGUAAUGCACGACCUGCGGAAGAUGUACUCUGAGAUCGAUAUCAAGGUGGCUGAUCCAGUAGUGACCUUCUGUGAGACUGUGGUAGAGACGUCCUCCUUGAAGUGUUUUGCUGAAACGCCCAAUAAAAAGAAUAAGAUUACCAUGAUUGCCGAGCCGUUGGAGAAGGGUCUAGCCGAAGACAUUGAGAACGAGGUGGUGCAGAUCACGUGGAACAGAAAAAAGUUGGGAGAGUUUUUCCAGACGAAGUAUGACUGGGAUUUGCUAGCAGCUCGUUCAAUUUGGGCUUUUGGACCUGACACAACCGGGCCCAACAUUUUAGUAGACGACACUUUGCCCUCUGAGGUAGAUAAAGCUCUUCUUGGCUCAGUGAAGGACAGCAUUGUACAGGGCUUCCAGUGGGGCACACGCGAGGGUCCUUUGUGCGAUGAACCAAUCCGCAACGUGAAGUUUAAGAUCCUGGACGCAGUGAUCGCACAGGAGCCGCUGCACAGAGGAGGAGGACAGGUCAUCCCUACAGCUCGCAGAGUUGUCUACUCUGCCUUCCUGAUGGCCACGCCCAGGCUGAUGGAGCCCUAUUACUUUGUGGAGGUUCAGGCCCCUGCUGACUGCGUUUCUGCUGUGUACACGGUGCUGGCACGCAGGAGAGGUCAUGUGACGCAGGAUGCGCCAAUCCCUGGCUCUCCUCUCUACGCCAUCAAGGCUUUCAUUCCCGCUAUUGACUCGUUUGGCUUUGAAACUGAUCUCCGCACACACACGCAGGGCCAGGCCUUCGCGCUCAGUGUGUUCCACCACUGGCAGAUUGUUCCCGGUGAUCCUUUGGAUAAGAGCAUUGUGAUUCGUCCUCUAGAGCCUCAGCCGGCCCCUCAUCUGGCCAGAGAGUUUAUGAUCAAAACCCGCAGGCGCAAAGGUUUGAGCGAGGACGUCAGUAUCAGCAAGUUCUUCGAUGACCCUAUGUUGCUGGAGCUGGCCAAACAAGAUGUGGUGCUCAAUUACCCGAUGUGAUGCGACAAAUGAACUUAACUCAUCCCAUCAUUCCCCUUCAGCUUCACCAGACUUGCCCCUACUACAAAUCAAUCCAGUUCUGUAUGAUGGAAUUAAAAAUGUAUUUUUUAUAUGUAAAGUGCUAGAAACAUCCACACCGAUUACUGUUGCUGUUGCCGCAGACUUUCCUAAAUUAAUCUGCGACAUUCAGGAGCUCCCUUAUAAUUGUGUUCUUUGCUUAUUUUUAUAUUUGACAAGUGUUUUUGUAGUAUAAGAUAAUGUAAAGCACAGGCAAGUCUUUUAGAAAAGUGUCUGAAAUCUCUUUAAAAUCUUACAUCAUUUGUGUAAGUGUGAUUAAAAGGAUUUGGCCUGUGGAUCUAGAGUUUGAGGACAUUAUGGAUGUAUUCUUUGAUAUUGCCGGAAGGACUCUUUGAUGUGAAGGAGAAGAUGGUUUUGAUAUGCAGUAUGAAAGUAUGCUCAAACUUUGGAAGAGAAUAUUCAACGCAGGGGAAACUUUGAGAACAUUUGCUGAAUACAGAAUAAAAGUGAAGUACAUGUAAGGGCAGGAGACACGCGUCUGCAUGCAUGCAGGUAAAAACAGAUCCAUCUAAUAGACACUGCAGAAGCAGAGCUAAGUGAGGUUGACAUGAGUGA